AUGGAGAACAGUGAUACGUCAACGACCUCACCAAUGCCGGAAUCGGUAGCGGCUGCCCUAACGCGCAUACAUCCGCGGUACAACAAUUUUCAGCAGCACAACUCCAUGCCUGCUGGUCCGCAAACACUUGGGGCAAGGUACGAGCAAACCGCAAACAAUCCGGGCAUUCCUGGAAACCAUCAGAACGGUAUGACGCCAAGCGGCACUACGACCGAUGGCUUACAACCGGCAGCUACGAGCGUGAUCAACUUAUCGAACUCUAGCGACGUGGUAAUUGGGCCCAUGACACACUACCAGUACCAAGGUGCCGUUACUAUCUAUCAGUAUAUGGAUGCAACCGUAGAAGCCAGUAGAGUUGCAACUGGCCGCAACAACCAGAACCGGAGCUUGCCUUCAACGGUACCAUCCACUCUGCGCCAGGAACGUUACUUCAUCUACGGAGCCCUGAUUUUUUUUGCCAUCAUUGGAUUCUCGUCUGCAAUUUAUGUCAUUAUCAAUCAGACCCGCACGGCAAGUGACCUUACGCCAUCGCAAGACAUUAACUUCGAUCGUAACUAUGAUUCGCGAACCAUACCGACCCUUGGCAACAGUCACAUGAUCAUCGACCGCCGUAACUGGGGUUCCCAGGAUGAUGUUUCCGCAUCCGUUCAACUUAAACGACCCAUUUCGUAUGUUAUCGUAACUCACAUAGGCGUUAGUUCGAAAUCAUGCACAGACGUGUACCAGUGCUCAAAUAAGUUGCGUAUCCUGCAGGAUGCGGCCAUUGGUGAAAGACAUCUACCGGACCUGCCGAGCAACUUCUAUAUCGGUGGCGACGGAAACGUUUACGUUGGACGCGGUUGGAGGAUAGCUAACUCGUACCACAAUCGUACACUAUCGGUUUGCUUUAUGGGAGACUACAAUCGCCACGACGCCAAUGAUUCUCAGAUCUCUGCCCUGCAACACUUGCUCACUUACGGCGUCGUACAGAAUUCGCUCGCUACAGACUACAAACUCGUGGGACGCCAGCAGACAAAGAACACAACGAGCCCAGGAAAUUUACUAUACGCCAAAAUUGUACGCCUGUCUCGCUGGGACCCGUGUGGCACUCAAGGAUAUUCUCACUGUGGAGCUGAACUGGGAUAUCCCGCUGUUUGGGACGAAGAAAGGCUCUUUAAUGAACGGAACGGAAUUACAAUUCACAUGAUCGGCACGCGAAAAACAACCGAAGAGGAAUGAAUUUCAACCACAAAUGGUGUGGCAUUCUAGUCUAGUCUAGAUUGGAUUUCGGAAAGCGUAGUUAAAUGGUAGCAGAUUCAGCAAUCGGAAUUUUAUUGUACAUUAUUGUAAAUGACUGUAUAAAAUCAAUA